UUAAUGCUACGUAAUUAUUGUGUAAAGCUACAACGCACAGUGAAUGCGUAUGCAUGUGCAGUAGGAGAGAAUAUAUUGACAUUUCACAUAUAACUUAUAGCGAUGAGCCGUAUAACCUCUUUAUUGCGAAGAACAUUUGGGAUGGUAAAAGAGCAUAUCGGCACAGAUCAUUUAGGAAAUAAAUAUUACUUCAUACCCGAGCAGAAGUCAUGGACGGGACGGGUCAUUCGGCCGAGACGCCUAGUAGAAGCAGCAAAUCCAAAAGAGUUUGAGUACAUGGAAGGAAGCAUUCCUUCUGAAUGGGAUGCUUGGAUCAGAGGCAGGCGAAAACAGCCACCUACUAUAGAGGAGUUGCUAAAGAAUGAACGCUACAGGGAGCAGAUCAAAAUCAAAGCUGGAGAGGCUGAGGAGAGGGAUAAAGCCCUGCAGGACAAAGAGUAUGAGGAAGGUCUGGUGGCCCAGCCUGUUCAGACUCAAGUCAAAGGUCAUGCUUCUGCCACACAGUUUGGGCAGUCUGAAUUCAGUGAGGACCCCGUAAGCACUGCCAACACAUUCCAGCCAGGGUCCUGGACACCUCCAGGAAACAAAAAAUAGGACUAUAUAAAUCCUCCUUUGCCAUCUUCAAGUAAAUUAUCAGUUUAAAUGAA